GAGAGGCCAGCGAGCCACGGUGGAAUGGCGGCCACUCUUCUCCCCACCUUAUCGCCGCCGGCCUCCCGCGCCGCCGCGCUCCUCCUCCUCCGGCGAGCCCCGCCCAAACCCUUCCGCGCCCCCGCUCCCCUUCUCCGACGCGUCCUCGCCCCCGGCCCCUCGCUGCCGGUACGGUCUCCCACCUUCCGCUCCUCCCUCGCUACGAUGCCCUCCACCGCCGCCGCAGCAGCCAGCGGCUCCCGCGCUGACCUCCUCAUGCUCGGCAUCGAGACCAGCUGCGACGACACCGCCGCCGCCGUGGUUAGAGGCGACGGAGAGAUCCUUAGCCAAGUGGUGUCUUCCCAAGAAGAUUUACUCGUGAAGUGGGGAGGCGUCUCUCCUAAGAUGGCCGAGGAAGCUCAUGCUCUUGCGAUUGAUCAGGUUGUCCAGAAAGCACUCGAUGAUGCAAACGUGUCAGAAAGUGACCUUUCUGCAGUGGCUGUUACUGUAGGACCAGGACUUAGUUUAUGCCUCAGAGUUGGGGUUCACAAAGCUCGACAAAUAGCAAAAGCAUUCCGCCUGCCUAUUGUUGGAGUUCAUCAUAUGGAGGCACAUGCAUUAGUUUCCAGGUUAGUGAACAAGGACCUUGAUUUCCCAUUUUUGGCUCUCCUAAUAUCAGGAGGACACAAUCUUCUCGUUCUUGCUCAUGGACUUGGUCAGUAUGUUCAACUGGGAACUACAAUAGAUGAUGCAAUUGGUGAGGCUUAUGACAAGUCAGCGAGAUGGUUGGGUCUUGAUAUGCGGAAAGGUGGCGGUCCUGCUCUUGAACAACUUGCCCUAGAAGGUGAUCCAAAUGCUGUUGAGUUUAGAGUUCCAAUGCGCCAACACAAAGAUUGCAAUUUCUCUUAUGCUGGUCUGAAGACUCAAGUUCGACUGGCUAUUGAAUCCAGAAACAUACCUGCAGAUGAGAUUCCUAUUUCAUCUGCGACAGAAGAAGAUAGGCAACUAAGGGCGAACAUUGCUGCCUCUUUUCAGCGUGUUGCUGUUUUACAUUUGGAAGAAAGAUGCCAACGAGCAGUUGAGUGGGCAUUGAAGAUGGACUCUUCUAUUAAAUACUUUGUUGUUUCAGGAGGCGUUGCAUCAAACCAGUAUGUCAGAACUUCUCUAAAUCAUAUUGCUGAGAAGAAUGACCUCCAGCUUGUAUGCCCUCCCCCAAGACUGUGUACUGACAAUGGUGUCAUGAUUGCUUGGACUGGUCUUGAGCACUUCAUUGCAGGCAGAUUUGAUGACCCUCCUGCUGUUGAUGAACCUGAUGAUAUGCAGUACGACCUACGUCCAAGAUGGCCUCUUGGCGAGGAAUAUUCAGAAGGAAGAAGUGUUGCGCGGUCGAUGAAAACUGCUCGGGUACAUCCAUCACUUACAUCGAUGAUACAGGGUUCUGCUCAUUAGUAGUUUAGCGAACAUUUCAGGAGCAAUACACAGACCCUGCUAAUAUAAAUUUUGGCUAUGUUUAGGAAGUAUGUAUGCUAUGUUACAUCGAUUAUUUGUAUAUUCAGUAUAUUUACUUGGUUAACUUGUUGCCAGUCAUUCUUUGAGGUACCAGCAUACUGUACCAGAAACACAAACGGUAGUUCUGGCAUUACGUGCAUUUGUAUUGUUCUGACUCACAUUAUUAACCCUGAUAGUGCUAUUCCUAAACAAGUGGCGCACACUGGAGGCAAGAC